AUGAAAACGAAAAAUGUCGUAUAUGAGGUUCCGUGUGGCACAGAUGAUGGCAAAGUUUAUAUUGGACAAACAGGGCGUAUGUUGGAAACAAGAAUAAAUGAUCACAAAAAUGACAUACGGAAAAAAGAAGCAAAAACAGGAAUAGUACAGCAUCACCUGGAUCAUGGUCACAAUUUUGACUUUGACAACACAAAAAUAUUGGGACGCAUCGAGAAGCAGGAGAGCAGAACCAUUGCGGAGGCGUUUCACAUACGGCGGGUGGGUGACGAGAGAACGGUUAAUAUGCAACGCGAAUGUGGGGGGAUGGAUUCAGCCUACAAUGGUUUAGUGAAGAAAGAAAUACGGAAAAGUGAGAAGCUGAAGCGGGAGAGAAUAAAAGAGAUGAGUUAUGAACCGAGUUGGGUGGAGAAUACAACCAACACACCGAUACCGGAGUUCCUGGAACGUACACUGAUGCUAGGACCAAACUACAACGUACCGAAUCGUGGAAAAUUUCCAUACAUUGAAACGUUGUCAGAAAUCGAAAAAGUUAUAAAAUAUCAAAAAAAUGUGGAAGAAAUCCGAGCAGAUGUAACCAAUGCGAUGUCCAACUUUCUAAAUUUCAAUAAUCAACCACGCCAUCAUCAACAAGACUGGAUUGCCAAGGACGUCGGGAGAAGCAGGAAGUUCUUGAAGGAAAACCCAGAUUUAUUGAUCAUCAAAGCCGACAAGGGAAACAAAACGGUAGUGUUGUCAUCGAAGGAAUAUGAGGAAAAAAUGGAGGAAAUGUUGAGAGACGACAAACCCUACGAGAAGAUUCCCUACGAUCCGACGGCAAGGGUGUCGCGAAAAAUCAAAACAAUUUUGGACAACUGGAGGGAAAAGAAAUACAUCGACGCUGGCACUCAUCGAAAGCUUAACGUGACAAACUGUAACCCACCGCGCAUAUAUGGGCUGCCAAAAAUCCCCAAACCAGGUAGGCCCUUGAGACCGGUGGUUUCGACCAUUGGGUCCACCACAUACAAAUUGGCGCAAUAUUUAUCAAACAUCCUAGGAAAAAUCGUGGGGAAAACAGAAGCACACAUAAUUAACAGCUUCACAUUCGCCAAUGAAAUAUCAGGAGUUCAGACGGACGAGGAUGAGGUUUUGUUCUCGUUGGACGUGACAUCACUAUACACAAAUGUACCGGUGGACUACGUAAUAGAAUGUGUUGAACAGCGAUGGAACGAGAUAGAGGACCACACACCAAUAGACAAAGGCAGCUUCAUAGCGGCGAUCAAAUUGUCAGCACAACCAAUAUCGUUCGAUGGGUCCUCCACGUUGGUAUGCGUUGGUCGUGUCUACGUUGCCUUCCUGGGUUGUUGCUACGCUGGAUUCUUCCUGGCUCAUCAUUUCUACGGUGCAUCGAUCGUUGCGUCCGAUCGAUGGGGCAAGUUGGCGUUGGUCGUCUCGAUGUAG